AUGGCCACCGCCAUGCAGCGUGUGGAACCAUCGUCACUUCCGGGUGACCUCUGGAGUGCUCCAGGGCCAUCCUCCACCCGGACGGUUCCCGACACCAAGGAGAUAAGUGUGCCCAUGGAAGCAACCACAAAUCUUUCUACCCUUCCGCCUGAACUACGCCGAUCCAUUCUGCUUUGCCUUAUCGACCUUUGUCUGGAUGCCCCUCGCUCAACGCAUUACACGUCACCAGGCCUUGCGCCCUACGCUUCCGUUUGCCAGGAGUGGCAAGACGUGAUAGAACGCACCACCUUCUCCGAGAUCUACCUUUGCCUGGAUAGGCUCGACGAUUUCGAGAGGUACGUUGUCGGUGUAAGGCGCUUUCGACUCCGGACCAUUCUUUUGCAUGUGCGGGCUCCCUCUUAUCCUUGCGAGCCCUGCGUCCAAAAGGAAACGUUUGACGACAAGCUGCGCAUCAACCGCGUCUUCACCAACACCCUCACUCGCCUGUUUGAACUCAUGCACACCUGGUCGCGUGACGAGGUGACCCCUCGGGGCCUUCGUCUGGACUUGACCGUCUCCAGCCCCAGCGACCUCCGAAACGUCAAUUUGCAGCUGUGGCAAAAGCGCCGGUGGAACAAUCUGGAUAUCGGAGAACGGAGAUUCGCCGAUUCCGCCGUCGAUUUCGUAGGUUCGGACGACUAUCGUCCCAUUGUCAACAUCCUAAAGCCUGUCUACGUCAUCACGUCCUUCGUGUCCGAGGGUCUUUAUAGACGUGCCGUCAUGCCAACGGCGUAUUCCGAAAUCAUUGCCUCGUUGCCCAGUAUCCGCGAGGCCCAUCUCAACAUCAUGAAGGACAGGCAGCCCCAAGUACGCAAGCGCUGCUUCACUCAUUUUGAGGGCGACUCGGGGGACCACAUCUCGCGCUGCCUCCGCGACUUCUCUGCCGGCCUCCGGUCUCUCUACAUGGCCAAUCUUGUCAGCAUCAGGGCCUACCUUGAUCCCCUUUGGCCCGAGAACGAGGACGAUCGCGGCAUCAUCCCUGCCAAGCCUCCCGGCCUCCCAAGAUGUCGCGUCCUUGAGACUGUCGACUUGACAUACUCGUCUCUCCUGUACAAAAUCGAUUGGUACAGUGAGAACCCAGACUUCAACUAUCACUGCAAAGUGAAUGAGUUUCGUCAGAGCCUGGCCCUUGCCGCCGCCCGUUUCGCCAUCCACAUGCCGGCCCUCCAGUCAUUUACCCUGACCCAGCGUCCCAUGAUGUGGGCCGGCCGCCAUCGCCUACAAUACACUGUCGAGGAGAAGAAGGCCGUGUUACUCAUUUCAAGCUCUUUUGACUUUGAGCCGGCCCGCUUCGUCAUUGACGCGUGGACUGUGGUUGCCAAGAAGUGCGCGAACAAGCCGCUUGUGGUCAGGACGGAGAGGUUGGUGUCCUGCAAGCCUGACGGAAACCAGCCCAUGAUCCCGCCGGCUACGUUUUAA